GCAUCAUCAUCUAGUCUUUCUGCUUUUACAGUUUCUAGUUUUAGCUGUUAAAAUAAAACUGGUAAAAAUGAAGAAAGUAGCCCACAACAGCGACCUUGCACCAACCGAGGCUCACCGAACACCUCGGAAGGAUGAUGUCAACUAUAAGUUACAUUUCCGCAUGAUAAAUGAGCAACAAGUGGAGGACAUCUGCAUGGACUUCUUCUAUAAGCCACACACCAUAACCCUCCUGACAGUUACUGUGCUCAGCCUCAUGUACUUUGUGUUUACCAGGGAUGAUGAGCACUCUGACAACAACCUCCGAGUUGGUCUGUUUGUGGUCGUCUCCUUCUUCUUGGUCAUCAGUGUCCUAGCAUUUCCAAAUGUGCAAACACACCACAAAUCACUUACCGGGAUGAUGCUUUCUUCAUCAGGACCUUUUACCAGGCCUCACCCUGCAAUAUGGCGAAUGGUGUUCGGUCUCAGUGUUAUGUACUUCCUGUUUCUUGUGUUUCUCAUCUUCCUCAACUGGGACCAAGUAAAGAUGCUGAUGUACUGGCUGGACCCAAAUCUGCGCUAUGCCACACGGGAAGCCGAUAUCAUGGAAUAUGCUGUAAACUGCACAGUGAUCACAUGGGAACGGAUCCUGAGCCACUGCGACAUCUUCGCAUUCGGCCACUUUGGAGGCUGGGCCAUGAAGGCGCUGCUCAUCCGCAGCUACGGCCUCUGUUGGACCAUCAGCAUCACCUGGGAACUUACUGAGCUGUUCUUCAUGCACAUGCUGCCAAACUUUGCAGAGUGCUGGUGGGAUCAGGUGAUACUGGACAUACUGUUGUGUAAUGGAGGAGGCAUCUGGCUGGGUAUGACCACCUGCCGGUUUUUGGAGAUGAGAACCUACCGCUGGGCCAGCAUCAAGGAAAUCCACAGCACCACUGGGAAGAUAAAGCGCGCCGUCCUCCAGUUCACUCCGGCCAGCUGGACGUAUGUGCGCUGGUUUGACCCAAAGUCCUCCUUCCAGAGGCUUGCAGGCAUCUAUCUUUUUAUGAUCCUAUGGCAGCUGACAGAGUUGAACACGUUCUUCCUCAAGCACAUCUUCGUCUUCCAGGCGUCUCACCCUCUCAGCUGGUGUCGUAUCCUCCUCGUUGGAGCCAUCACAGCACCUACUGUACGACAAUAUUACGCGUACCUGACAGACACUCAGUGUAAACGAGUUGGCACACAAUGCUGGGUGUUUGGGGCCAUCGCUUUCCUCGAGGCUCUUGCUUGUAUGAAGUUUGGUCACGACUUGUUUUCUAAGACACAAAUUCGCUAUGUACUCCUGUGGCUGCUCUGUCUGGCAAUCAUCACACUUUUAUGUUUAUAUGGAAUGGUGUGGUAUGAGCAAAUUAAAAUGAAGAACACUUCUCUGCAAAGUGAGGACUGGGAGGACAGCAGUGUUGUCAACUCAUUUGAUUCGGUCCCUGGUGGUGUUGCAGCUCAGGGGGAGUCCUUGAGAAGCUUACAACCUACAAAACGGAGGAGAGCUCCUGGUAGGAACAGAUUUGUGAAUGGCAAUGGAGGAAAGAGACAAUAGUGACACUCAGCAUUCGCAUCUCAUGUGACCGCAUCCAACAAGUGGAAAACAGUAUGCAUUUAUAUUUACUGAAUACUUGUUGUUACAGUUGCAUCAAGGGUAGAAAGAAGACUCUAAUAUAAAGUCACACCAACAAGCCUUGAUAAAAUACUUAAACUUCAAAUUGAAGUGGCUGUGGGGGUGAGAAGCAAAACACAAUAAUGAAUUCAAAGCUUCACAGACCUGCAGACUGGACUGUUCAUUCUUUGUGUCGUCAGAACUAGUAGAUGUUUUAUAUUGUAUGACACCAACAAAACUAGUUUUCUAUUUAAUGUUAAGAUAUUUUUACAGACCUAAAUAACUAAGGAAUAUGCACAUAUGUUUUGAAAGAAGAUGGCGUUAAUUUGGACUGUAGAAACCAGCAUUCUUGCCUCUGCGUCAUCCCACACCCACCAUUUUCUACCUUAAACUACUGAAUGUUGUUCGGAUGCUUUGCACUGUGGGACAGGUUAAAUAUGUCCAGUCUAGGGUGUGCCAGCUUUAUGUCUGAUUUACAAACCAGUCCACACCACCACCCUGAGUAUAUAUGCAACAGACACUUUUUUGUGUUUAACCUCUUUUACAUCUCUUUGUUUUUACUGCUAAAUUGAAUUCCUUUACUACAAAACUAACUAUUAUUGUUGUGUAGGGCAUUUUUAAGUCACUUGAAUUGGUGAUGAUUCUUUGUUGGUUUAAUAUAUGUUUUUGUAUAAUUUCAAAAAGUGACAACUUGUUUGCACUAAUACAGCAAAGUACUGAUAUGCGCAAUGCAGUAUGCUUUCAUUCAGUCAAAAUUUCAUCAUCAGGAAACAUGUUUUUGUCUACUUAUUCCUACCCUUUUUAGCUUUCAUUAAUGUGAUUAUUGGAACUGUUGAGAUGUAAGUUAUUUUUUGUGUGUGUGUUUGUAAUUAGAGAGAGUUGUGAGCGGUGAAUGACAGGGGUACUGACGGAUAAUACUGUGACAUUCAAGGCAAUAGCACUACUGUGGUGACAUUCAAUAGCAGAAGAUAAUCGCUUAUGUGAAAUUAUCCAUUUCAAAUGCAGUCUUUUUGUGCUUUUUUAGUGAUCCAAAUAAAUUAAAUGUGACAUUAAUAUAACACAGUAAGUGACUGGUCAUAUAAGCUGUUCUUAUUAUUGUUGAAUGCUGCAGUAUAGGUUCAUAUUUACUGUUAGAAUAUGGUUUACAGCCUCUCAGUAGCUCAACCAAUGUUAGUUCGUAAGUUGAUGUCUGCUUAUUGAAAUUGUAUUGAUGUUAUUUGCCUCAGUGACUCCAGUCUUUUGAUCAUCUACAAUGUUUUAAGUGUCAGACCACACUGUAUUUAAUUUGUUAAUUGUAACCUCCAAUGCACUACUUGGUAUUACUGAUUUAUGAUUUUUUUUUAAGGGUGGGUUUGCUUGUUUUUGUACACAUAAUUAAAUGAUCACAUAUUA